AUGAACGAUGCAGGCCUCAACGAAAACAUCGACGGCCACACCCAGGCUGUUGAUGGCCCCGACAAGGGGGACGUCGACCGCCGCAGCGCCAUCGGGUCGGAGCCAGAGCCAGUCCAGUUUGACCCCAGUCGCUGGUGGUUUGCGAGCUCGGCCUUUCCGAUGAUCGCAGGCACCCUGGGCCCGGUGGCCUCGGCCUUCAGUAUCUGCGCUCUGGUCAAACCAUGGAGAAUGCACAUCCCGCCCGGGAUGGAUGUCACGAAAGCCGAGUUCUACCCAGAUCCAGGGUGGCUUACUGGCAUAAACGCCGCCCAGCUGGCUCUCGCGCUCGGGUCCAACCUGUUUCUGCUCCUCAACAUGGCUCGCCGGGUGCGGUUCUCGAUAGCUCAGCCCAUCACCAUUGUCGGGUGGUACAUCUCCGCCAUUUGCCUGUUGGCUCUUGCGGCAACGGCGAGUGGACCACUGGAGCUCCAGCCAGAGAUCGAGUAUGUCUGGUCUCAGGCUUUCUACUAUGGGAUAUACGCGGCCAUACUGUACUUCAUUGUUGCUACGCUCAUGUCGGUCACUGUCUGGGGCGCUCAGGCAGGGCACUACAAGAAAGACUUUGAAUUGACGACGAGCCAACGAACACUGAUGCUACAAACAAUCAUGUUCUUGGGCUAUCUCCUGCUCGGCGCGUUGGUAUUCUCCACUAUUGAAGGUUGGAAUUAUCUGGAUACCGUAUACUGGGCCGACGUUACUCUGUUCACCGUGGGAUAUGGCGACUUCUCUCCAGGCACCACGCUGGGACGUGCACUCCUGAUCCCAUACGCCCUUGUCGGUGUGAUCAGUCUCGGUUUGGUCAUAGGGUCGAUACGAAGUCUGAUACUAGAUCGCGGCAAGCGGCGCCUGGACGCCCGGAUGCUGGAGAAGAAGAGGCGGCAAUACCUGCGGCAUCUUCGCAGAAGGGGUAAAGACAGUGUACUUCACCCUAUCGAGGGGGAAUACGAAGACAACGACCUCGACUGGAAUGUCUCUGGCAAGAAGCCGCGAACUGAACUCGAGCGCCGCCAGAGAGAGUUUGAGCUGAUGCGGAAGAUACAAGACAGGGCCUCGACAAGGAGAAGGUGGACGGCAAUGGCUAUCUCUUCAUCCACAUGGCUGGUGCUGUGGUUGGUGGGUGCCAAAAUAUUCCAGGAGUGUGAGGCGCCGUAUCAGGGAUGGAGCUACUUUGAUGGGUUCUACUUUGCUUUCACAGGACUAACAACCAUUGGGUACGGCGAUCUCAGCCCGGUCUCAAAUUCUGGAAAGUCGUUCUUUGUUUUCUGGUCAUUGCUUGCUUUACCUACGAUGACCGUUCUCAUCAGUAAUGCGGGUGACACCGUCGUGAAGUGGGUCAGGGAUGGGACGCUCAAGCUCGGAAAUAUUACUAUUCUCCCAGGAGAGCAAGGGUUCCACAAGGAGGUGAAGCUCAUUCUUGGAAAGCUGACAUGUGGUGCCUUGUUUGCGGAUGUAGAUAUAGAGGAAUCACCCCCAGGGUUCUUUGGCGCAGUCCUGGGUCACAGAGAGGAGGACGACGACGACGAAGAAGACGAGGAAGAAGAGAACGAAGAUGGCAUGGACGACGAGGCGUUGGAUGGCAUGGACACUACCGCCGAUGCUUCUCCUUCAUUUAAAGAAAAGACAGGCCAAGAACAAGCAAAGGAGGAACCCCAAAAGACAGGCAAACCCAAGAUGAGGGGCACUAUCGACACAACAAAGACAGCCAAAUCGGUAGCGUCCUCGAAAAGGUCCAUCAGGUCGAAGAAACCCAGCACACCCACGUCGCCGUCAGCAAAAGGCAAGGACGAGUUUGCCCACCCGAGGCGGGCCGACACCAUCGAGAGGGCCGACAUCCCGACGGAACUGCCCAAGUCCCGCGCCGAGUACCACCUCGUCCUCAUCGACGAGAUCGCGCGCGUCACCAAGCACCUGCAGCACUCGCCCCCGCGCAAGUACACCUUCAAGGAGUGGGCCUGGUACCUCCGCCUGAUGGGCGAGGACGAGAGCAGCGCCGAGACGCACCGCAAGCCCGCGCGGAAGCACAGCCACGAAAACGACGGCGCAGUGCUGGGCCGGGUCGCGACGCACCGCACGGGGACUAGCAGCGCCAAGAACGGCAGCCCGGUGGCCGAGUCCCCGGAAAAGGGCGAGGACGGCGCGGCCGGCGCCGGCCAGGACGUCGUCAAGUGGAGUUGGGUCGGCCACAGGAGUCCGCUCAUGGAUUCCAGGGAGGAGGCCGAGUGGAUCCUCGACCGGCUGGAGCGGCGGCUGCGAGACGCGCUGCAGGCCAUCGUCCGGGAGGAAGGUGGCAAAGACGGCCUGGAGCAGGUCCGGACGGAAGAGGACGAGAACACGGCCGAGGGAGAGAAACAAUGA